CCCUAAUUUUUUUUUAUCUGCGCCGCUUCUUCAAUCUAUGGAGAAAAAGGGGAGCAAAGGAGAAUCCAUCAUCGAAAAAGGACAGAGCUUCUUGCGGCUUCCUCCAUCAUCGAAAAAAAAAACACAGCUUCCUCUUUCAUAAAUUUCGAUCUCCAUUCCAGGUAAUGGGUCACCCAACAUGGACGAAGGGCUUGAGCCAGACGCACCCGUUCCGGAGGACCCUAGGCCUAGACAUAGUGGACGAGGCGGUAAUCACCGUCUUGGGCAAUCAAAUUCAGUCCCUACGGCUGGAUAUAGAUGCAAAUAUCAAAGCCCUUAAUGAUUCCUUGUAUCAACUACAACAAGAGUUGGAGAUGCGCAUCGAAUCCCAAUUUCAACGGAUGCAAUCUACGUUGAAUGCAACGGUGGCAGCUCUCGGGGGUUCUUCUUCCGGGUUCGAACGCACGGCAGACUUCGCCAGUGACGACUCUCAUGGUCGGCAUGCCGAUUGCUACACCCCAAAACCUAAGUUGGAGGCACCUCUGUGUGACGGCUCCGAACCGCUCCGCUGGCUAUACAAGGUCGAGGAAUACUUCAAGUUCUACCAAACUCCUCUUGAUGAAUGACUUCGUUGUGUGGCUUUGAUGUUGGAAGGUCCCGCGGUCGAUUGGUUCCGUUGACACAUGAACGGACGGCUAAUCGCCGAUUAUGCUGAUUUUG